UGGUGUCAGAAUUUAUUAAAAUCCCAAUUGUAAUUUGUAUUCCAGCAAAACAGGCUCCCUUUGGCGACACUGACGUGGCAUAUUGUUGUGUUUUGAUUCGUGUAACAAUAGAAAUUACAGAAAUUACGCCAGCCUUCGCCAGCAGGGACGGAGUUGAAAUCGUGGCAGAACUGCGUUGAAAGGAAUUGCCCUGCAGCGAAAGGAAUCGGAGCGCAACAAAAACACAGCUGAACUCAGCACCAUGGGCCUGACAAUUUCCAGCGUGCUAACCCGAUUAUUCGGCAAAAAGCAGAUGCGCAUUCUCAUGGUUGGACUCGAUGCUGCCGGUAAGACGACGAUUCUGUACAAGCUGAAGCUGGGCGAAAUUGUCACCACCAUUCCGACGAUCGGGUUCAACGUUGAGACGGUCGAGUACAAGAACAUCUGCUUCACCGUGUGGGACGUCGGUGGCCAGGACAAGAUUCGCCCGCUCUGGCGCCACUACUUCCAGAACACGCAGGGGCUCAUCUUUGUGGUCGACUCGAACGAUCGGGAGCGUAUCGUGGAGGCGGAAAAGGAGCUGCACAGCAUGCUGCAGGAGGACGAACUGCGCGACGCAGUGUUGCUCGUGUUCGCCAACAAGCAGGAUCUGCCCAACGCGAUGACGGCCGCCGAGCUGACAGACAAACUGCACCUCAAUCAGCUACGGAACAGACACUGGUAUAUUCAAGCGACUUGCGCCACCCAAGGCCACGGACUGUACGAAGGAUUAGAUUGGCUGUCGACCGAGCUAGCCAAAAAGUGAUGAUAAUCUGGUCUGGUCUGUCCCCUGGAGAGGUUUAUUUUGUAAGAACGCCGCUGGCGUACCGCUUAUACAAUAUUUCAUUGUUUCAUAUGAAUAAACAGUAGGAUGAAAAUUCCAACCAUUAA